AUGGCGGACGGCGGCUCGGAGCGUGCUGAUGGGCGCAUCGUCAAGAUGGAGGUGGACUACAGCGCCACUGUGGAUCAGCGCCUGCCGGAGUGCGAGAAGCUGGCUAAGGAAGGAAGACUUCAGGAAGUCAUUGAAACCCUCCUCUCUUUGGAAAAACAGACCCGUACAGCUUCUGAUAUGGUGUCUACAUCCCGUAUCUUGGUGGCAGUAGUGAAGAUGUGCUAUGAAGCUAAAGAAUGGGAUUUGCUAAAUGAAAAUAUCAUGCUUUUGUCAAAAAGGCGAAGUCAGUUAAAACAAGCUGUUGCAAAAAUGGUUCAACAGUGCUGUACUUAUGUUGAGGAAAUUACGGACCUCCCAAUCAAACUUCGUUUAAUUGAUACCCUGCGAAUGGUUACAGAAGGAAAAAUUUAUGUUGAAAUUGAGCGUGCUCGACUGACUAAAACAUUAGCAACUAUAAAAGAACAAAAUGGUGAUGUAAAAGAGGCAGCCUCCAUUUUACAAGAGUUACAGGUGGAAACCUAUGGGUCAAUGGAAAAGAAAGAGCGAGUGGAGUUUAUUUUGGAGCAAAUGAGGCUAUGCCUAGCUGUGAAGGAUUACAUUCGUACGCAAAUUAUCAGCAAGAAAAUUAACACUAAAUUUUUCCAGGAAGAAAAUACAGAGAAAUUAAAGUUGAAAUACUAUAAUUUAAUGAUUCAGCUGGAUCAACAUGAGGGAUCUUAUUUGUCCAUUUGUAAGCACUACAGAGCAAUAUAUGACACACCCUGUAUACAGGCAGAAAGUGAAAAGUGGCAACAAGCUCUGAAAAGUGUUGUUCUUUAUGUUAUCCUGGCUCCUUUUGACAAUGAACAGUCAGAUUUGGUUCACCGAAUAAGUGGUGACAAGAAGUUAGAAGAAAUUCCCAAAUACAAGUAAGUACUUGUGAAAUUAAAUAUUAGAAUAAUGGCCAAAUACUACACAAGGAUAACAAUGAAGAGGAUGGCACAGCUUCUGGAUCUGUCUGUUGAUGAGUCAGAGGCUUUUCUUUCAAAUCUGGUGGUUAACAAGACCAUCUUUGCUAAAGUAGACAGAUUGGCGGGAAUUAUCAACUUCCAGAGACCCAAGGAUCCAAAUAAUUUAUUAAAUGACUGGUCUCAGAAACUGAACUCAUUGAUGUCUCUAGUUAACAAAACUACACACCUCAUAGCCAAAGAGGAAAUGAUACAUAAUCUACAAUAG